GUUAAUUUUUGCUGUCAUUGAAAAUGUCAUGUAAAUAAAAUUUCGAGAUCCCAAUUCUCAAUUCAAAUGAAAAUAAACACCAAAGAAUGGGUCUCUUCAAAGUGAUGUUUGUCCACCAAUUAUUUCGACCUCUCUACUUUCAAAAGACAAUCCGUCUAGUAUCGUCAACGCCGAAAAUCAAUAGUUCGCGAUUGGCGGAGGUGGGUAAGCUGAAAGAGCCAAAAAUUCGAGGUAAAUAUGACAUUGGCCAGCUGUUCCUACAUAGAAUCUUCGGUUAUCGUGGUGUAGUUUUAUUUCCGUGGUCGGCGCGCGUUUACGACCGAGACCUUCCAAAUGUACUGCCUGAAGUCGAAGAACGUGACGGCACUGAAUAUCCGGAAGGGAAGACAAGCACAUUCUACCAAGUGUUAAUCGAUUCCAGGGAUUGUCCGUACAUUAGAGCUCAAACGGAGGCGGUCACAUUUCUGGGUAAUCAAGAUUCUAAUCGAAGCCUGUACGCUAUACCCGGCCUGGACUAUGUGUCGCACGAAGACAUUUUGCCAUAUUCGAGCGGCGAAAAGGCUCCGCUUCAUCAUGAACUAUUCGAUAAGUUUCUAAGUCAUUCGGCUGAACGUGAUCCACCGUUUGAGGCACAGGAAACACUUCGAGCAUGGCAAAAGAAGAAUCAUCCGUGGUUAGAAUUGUCAGACGUUCAUCGGGAAACAAGUGAAGGGAUACGAGUUACUGUGAUACCAUUCUAUAUGGGAUGCCGUGAGACACCCGCCGCCUCAGUCUACUGGUGGCGAUAUUGUAUUCGCUUAGAAAAUUUAGGCGAACUAAGUGUACAGUUGCGUGAGAGACACUGGAGGAUAUUUUCCCUGUCCGGCACAUUAGAAACCGUACGUGGACGAGGUGUUGUGGGCCAGGAGCCGGUUCUAAGUCGUAGACUUCCAGCUUUUCAGUACAGUAGUCAUGUUAGCUUGCAAGCACCCAGCGGUCAUAUGUGGGGAACAUUUCGAUUGGAACGAGAGGAUGGACAUUCCUUUGACUGUCGAAUACCACCAUUCUCGCUAGAAAGUAAGCCAGACGACAACACAACCCCCAGCGAACCGGCUUGAUUUGGUCGAUGAGCGAGUGUUGGAUGUUUUUUGUUUUUCAAUUUGCGAUACCUGAACUGACUUUGGAUAAAAUUCAAUUUUAUUUUCAAUAAAAAGUCACUUAAGUUGUCCUAAUUCAUUAAGUCGUUGCUCAGGUACAUUAAUUAGAAACAGAAAAUAUUAAAGAGAAAAUUUCAACC